AGCUCACCAAAAAAUUACAGAUUGGCCGAAGGUGGUGGUGAGGCAAUCUACGAAAUUGGAGUGGGUGAUGAUGGAUCAUUAGUCGGUCUUUCGGAUCACGAGUUAGAGUUGUCAAUGCAGACGGUAAAUGACAUGGCUUCAAGGCUGGAUGCCGAUGUUUCCAUCAUACGGAGUGUAAAAAUCGACAUCGAAGAUCAGGAGAGCAGACAAGUGAUCGAAGUAUUAAUACGGAAGCGAACGAAAAGCGACCCGCAGUCCUGCAUGGAAAUCAGAGUUGUUCUUGUGGGAGCUCAUGAUGCUGGAAAAUCGACUUUGCUUGGCUAUCUAUCGUAUGGACUUAAGGAUAAUGGUCGCGGACGAGCACGAUUAAAUCUAUUGCGACAUCGUCAUGAAAUCGAAUCCGGCCGUACGUCUUCAAUAUCUCAUGAAAUCGUUGGUUAUGAUUCCGCCGGAAAAUUGAUUAAUUUUUCAACCACCAAUAUCUCUACUUGGGAACAAAUAUGCGAAAGCAGCAGCAAGAUAGUUACGUUCCUGGAUACUUGCGGAUAUCCCAAAUAUCUCAAAACCACUAUUGCCGGAAUGACUGGGCAUGCUCCCGACUACGCCUGCUUGAUCGUUGCGGCUAACGCAGGCGGGCUAAGUGACAUGACAAGGGAGCAUCUUGCUAUUGCCGUAAUGCUAGGCGUUCCUGUGUUUGUGGUUUUGACCAAGAUUGAUGUCGCUACACCAGAGCAACUCCGGUUAUCGUUGGGCUCUUUAAUCGCUUUACUCAAGGCUCCAGGCAACUGUAAAGUCCCACUCAUUGUUAAAAACGAGGACGAUUUGAUAGUCAGUGUAUCUCAUUUCGCGCAAAGAGGACCUCAAAUUCCUAUCUUUCUGGUGUCCAGUGUAACGGGAGCAAACAUGCAUUUGCUGGAGCAAUUUUUCAAUCUCCUUCCUAAGCCUGUCAAGAACUAUGAUCAGUUACUGGAAGAGCCCGUUGAGUUCCAAAUUGAAGAGGUUUAUUCUGUCCCAGAUGUGGGCAAUGUCGUAGGCGGUGUCCUCUGUUCCGGUCGGAUCAACGUUAACAGCUCUCUUGAACAGCGGACGUUUCAUCUUGGCCCAGAUAUCGAUGGCAAGUUUACACGAGCCGCUGUGACCUCAAUUCAUCGACAUAGGAUGCCAACUAGUGGACUACGCGUAGGAGCAUCUGGCAUGAUUCACUGUGGAUCGAUUCGGCAAUAUGCACGCGUUGUACAAGUCAUUCACAAUGAAAACACCGCCUCUGACCCCUCAACACCAACGUUAUCCCACGCUACCACCAUGUCCAGAUCUAUGUCUAGUCCGGUCGAAUCGUCAGCGAAGAAUGAUCUCCGUAUCAUCACUGGGCAACAAGGCUCGGUUGCGUUUCGAUUCUUCCACAAACCAGAGUAUUUACGCCUAGGAGCGCAGGUGCUAUUCAUCGACAGCGGCAUGAAGUGCGUAGGCAAAAUCACCAAGCUUGACAUAUCCUCCGAUAAAGUGGUUCGAUGAAUAGGCGCGGCAAUAUUUAAUUGAGUAUUUGGAGGAGACUAUGUAGUAUCAUAGUAAUACAUACCAGAUUGAUAAUAAUGUACAAUGUGAAAAUGUAAAAGAAAAAAAUGACAGGGUC